UACGCUUUAUUAUUUAUUGUCUGCGUUAAAUAAUAGUAAUUUAGAUAGCAAAAUAAUUCAACAAACACACACAGUGUGAUUAAAAUGGAUAUUCAAAAGUAUACACUGCAGUCAAUACGGCAAGAUUUGAUUGAUAAUAAUCUGCAGGUCAAAGCAAUAAUACAGGAUAUAUUAACAUAUCGUGGCAGCAUUCACGAAUUGGAGGCGUUAAAUGAAGCUGGCCGUGCUAAAUUGGCGGCCUUACGUAAAAGUAUACAACACCUCGAUGACUGGGCGCGAGAUACUGGCGAUGCCGAAUUGUGCAAGGAGGUGGACUCGCACAGAGAUCAAUUUUCGAAGACAUUACAAGCAUUUCGUAAAGCCAAUAUUUCGACACGCAUAGAAAUUGAAAAGGCUAAUCGAGAGGAGUUAAUGGCUAUAACGGGUGAAACAGAUUUGCGUCAAAGAACAACUGGUGCGGGUUCACGACACAAUCGCGGUAGCUUAGUAUCACAGGAAAACAAUGUAACAGAGAAAAUGCUUGCCAUAUCACGACACCUGUCUGAAACAACACAAAAGAGUGCUAUUACAUUGGAAAACUUGGUGGCGUCAUCGCAAAAUGUAGAAGCGACACGUGAUGAACUACAAAACACAGCCGGUUCGAUUUCGCAGUCUGGCAAGCUAUUAAAGAAAUAUGGACGUCGUGAGUGUACAGACAAGAUGUUGCUAUUCUUUGCAUUUGCAUUUUUUCUAGCUUGUGUUCUUUAUAUUGUGCAAAAACGUUUGUUUUAGACAUAUGAAAAGUGAUUAGUGGCACCGAUAAUGGCAAAUGACAAAAUGCAUGCGAACUAUUUGUUUAGGGAAAUUACAUUUAAGGCAAUGUAUAGUAAAGGUUAUACUCGUAAUUUAUGCAGUGUGAAGAUAUUCUAAAGGGAUGAGAAUAUUACCUAGUAAUUUAAUAUAAUUUAUAUACUAUAUUUCUUUAUACAUAUAUCUGUAACUAUAUUAAAAAAAAAUGCAGAUUAUUACUUAUGCAACAGUUGUACACAUUUACGCUUAAUAUAGCUAAUUUUAAAUAGUUCUUACUGUAGCCAUAUUUAAA